AUGAGGUUCUCAACUACUCUUUUGCCCUUUGCGGUAGUUUCUACUGCCUUCGUUAUUCCUGACGAACGUGUAACCAACCAGAUUAUUGUCGAAUCUCAGAAGUCCUCAAAGACAUGGCUUGAUAGAAUCCCAGAAAUCAAGGACAACUUUAUCUCUCAUGCCGAAAAAUCUUUGAAAGAUGCAGUUGCAUUCAGCGAGAAUGCCUUUGACAACGCUAUCGAUACCCUUUCUGAGGCCGGUCAAAAAGCCCAGAAUGUCAUCGAAUGCCACCACUCAAUGUCAAAAUUUGAUAUAUCCGGCUGGUUAGACUCUGCCAUUUCCUCCGUUGAGGAUAUCGAUAUUUUUGAUCACCCUCAUGAGAAGCCUCCACACCAUGGAAAACCUCCUCACCAUCCAAAGAACCCACAUCACGGUCAUGGAAAGCCUAACAAGACUGUCUAUGAAUUGAUUGCUAGCAGCAAGUACACCACCAAACUUGCUGAGCUUAUCAACGAAUAUCCAGAUCUUGUUGAUGCUUUGAACGGCACAGCGGCAAACUACACCGUAUUCGCACCAACUGACAAAGCUUUUGAGAAGAUUCCAGAGCAUCACAAGAAACCUUCAAAGGAAUUGAUCAAGGCUGUCCUUGAAUAUCACGUAUCUCCGGAUUUCUACCCUGCUGGUCGUGUCCUCGUUUCGCAUACUAUUCCGACCGCAUUAAAGGAAGGCCGUCUCGGUGACGAACCUCAACGUCUUCGUGUUGGUUUGGGUUUGAAGGGAUUAGCCGUCAACUUCUACAGCAGAGUCAUUGCUGUCAAUAUUUUCGGUACAAACGGAGUAAUCCAUGGCGUCGAUUCGCUUCUCCUACCACCUCCCCCGGCCCUUAAGAUUAUCGAGCUUCUUCCUGGCGAGUUUUCAACUCUCCAACUUGGACUCGAAAAAACCGGUCUCUUCGAUACCAUUGCUGCAUCUCAUCAUACAGGAGGAACAUUGUUCGCACCCAGCAACUGGGCAUUCCAAAAGCUUGGUCCUAGAAUCAAUGCUUUCCUCUUCAGCAAUUAUGGUCAAAAAUACCUAGAAGCUCUUCUCAAAUAUCACGUUGUUGCAAAUCAAACUCUCUACUCUGAUGCUUUCUACAAAGCCAAGUCCAAUGAUAAGAGCAUCAAUGGAAUUGAUGAAAUCGAUACUGCGGACAUCCCCAAGGGACACUUCCACGUUGAUCUACCUACCUUGUUGAAAGAUAAGAGUCUAAGUAUUGAUGUUGGCAGAUAUGGCGGUUUCAUCAGUAUCAGAAUCAAUGGGUUCAGCAGCGUCAGUGUUCAAGAUGGUAUUGCAAAGGAUGGUGUUAUUCAUGUUUUGAGCUCCGUUUUAAUUCCACCCAAGACUCCAGGCGGAGAGAUGUGGGCUGGUGAGGAACUGGAGGUGGAGGAUUUGAUGGAGAGAUUGAUUCCUUACAUGAAUGAGGAAUUGUGA